AUGAAUGCCGAAGAUUUUGUCGCUAAUUGGAAUAAGGAACCUAUUCGAGCGCGCGAGCUUAUCCCAGGAAGCACGGAAGGUCAAAUUCUUUCCAGCAAUGUUCCCCUCAGUUUCUGGGGAGGCGUUGACCCCGAGACCGGCAUCGUGAUUGACAGCCAUCAUCCCUUGGUGGGGAAAUCGGUGGCUGGCAAGAUUCUUGCUAUUCCAAGCGGUCGUGGAUCCUGCACUGGAAGUGGUGUUAUUCUUCAAUUGAUUCUUAAUGACUGCGCGCCCCUUGCUCUCAUAUUCGGCCGGGAAGAGAUGAUUCUCACAAUCGGUGUUCUUGUUGCCCAAGAAAUGUUCGGGAAGAGUAUUCCCGUUUUGAACAUUCCGAUGUCUUCGUUGGAGGAACUUCAGGACAUCAACUGGGCUCGAAUUUCAAACGGUCAGAUGUCUUUUGGAGUAGCCACCGAUAACGCAGAGCUGGAGACGUCUUUGAAAGGAUCUGAUCGCAAGCUUGAUACUCCAUCGCUACAUCUGACCCCUUUUGACCAAGAAUUGCUGGCCGGUUUGCAUGGAGAAGCGGCACAGAUUGCAAUGCGAGUAAUUAUUCGGACGGCACAGAUUGAAGGCGUGACUUCGCUCAUUGACAUCACCAACGGACACAUUGAUUGUUGCAUCUACACAGGACCUGCAACUUUGGAAUUUGCACAAAGACUAUGCGACAUGGGAGGAAAGUUCAGAAUCCCGACAUCAUUGAACUCAAUCUCUGUCGACCAAAGACUGUGGCGCUCCCAAGGGGUUGAUCCGGCGCUUGGAGAGCCUUCCGAGGAGCUGGCGCGUGCUUACUUAGAGAUGGGAGCUCGACCAACAUUCACCUGUGCCCCAUAUCUCCUUGAGGAAGCUCCGAAAUUGGGAGAAAACAUUACGUGGGCCGAGUCAAAUGCUGUGGUAUUUGCGAAUAGCGUUCUCGGUGCAAGAACCAUCAAAUGCCCGGAUUACCUGGAUGUGAUGUGUGCCCUGACUGGUCGUGCGUUGAAUACUGGUUGUCAUAUCACGGAAAAUCGCAAGGCUAGAAUGGAAGUUCACUUUGCGUCUGCCAAGGGAGCUGACGAUACUAUUUUCCCACUUCUAGGGUAUCUUGUUGGUGAUAUUGCCGCUGAAUGCAUUCCAAUUGUGACUGGACUUGAAACGCAGUGUGUCACGAUCGAGGACCUUAAAGCAUUUGGAGCUGCCUUUGCUACGACAAGCUCAUCGCCAAUGUUUCACAUUGCCGGGAUUACGAUAGAAGCACGCAGUACCGAGGAAAUCAAGACACACUUGAAAGAUACAACUCGGGUAACAAUAACACGCUCGGAUUUAGUCAAGCAAUGGUGCCGAUUCAACGACUACAGUGAGGGCUAUAGCGAUACCUCCAUCGAUUUAGUAUCGUUAGGCAAUCCUCAUUUCUCGUACGAUGAGAUUGUUAAGGCCGUCAGCCUCUGUUCCGGUCGCAAAAAGAGCGAGCUAGCUACUCUGGUGAUUGCUUGCAAUCGAGAUACAUACUCUCGAGCAGCCCGGGACGGCCACAUUUCUGCACUGGAAGAUUUCGGGGCUCUGAUAAUUACUGAUACCUGCUGGUGCAUGAUUCAAGAGCCAGUGAUUCCCCCAGAUUCACGAACAAUAAUCACAAAUUCGGCCAAGUAUGCCCACUAUGGGAAAGGAUUGACCGGUCGACAAGUUCGAUUCGGCGGGUUGGCACAAUGUGUGGAAGCUGCGAGUACGGGGAAAGCGACCAAAAACCUUCCCCAGUGGCUGGUUGAUACUGAGACCAAACAUUAG